AUGGGAGAACCUUUCUGGUACAGUUCAGCUAUGGUCAUCAUCUUCACCUUCCUUGUCAAGCUCUCCAUAUCCAAGAUUACACAAAAACACAAGAAGAACCUACCCCCAAGCCCACCAUCUCUUCCCAUUAUUGGCCAUAUCCAUCUUCUAAAACAACCAAUGCACCGAACCCUCCAAGAUCUUUCUCAAAACUUGGGCAAAAUUCUCCGUUGUGGUUCACGCAAAGUCCUGUUGGUCUCUUCGGCUUUGGCGGCAGAAGAGUGUUUGACGAAGCAUGACAUCAUCUUCGCCAAUCGGCCACGGUUUCUUGCCAGAAAACAAUUCCACUACAACUACACAACAGUUUCUCUAGCCCCCUAUGGCGACCUCUGGCGCAACCUCCGCCGUAUUAUGACUCUUGAGAUCUUCUCCUCCUCUCGCCUUGCCUUGUUCUCAAUUGUCAGACAAGGAGAAGUUGGUUUAUUACUGGAUGAGAUAAUGAAGAGUUGUACUUCAAGGGUUGAGCUCAAGUCCAAGUUUGCCGAUCUUUCCUUUAAUGUGAUGACGAUGAUGGUUGUGGGAAAGCGGUGCCAUGGUGAAAAUGUUGCAGAUGUUGAAGAGGCAAAGAAUUUUCAUAACGUUUUUAAGGCCUUCGUGGACUUGUCCGGGGCAGGAACUGCGGCAGACUUUUUGCCAAUUUUACGGUGGGUGGAUAUAUCAGGCUUGGAAAAGAAGAUGGUGAGGUUAAUGGCAAAAAUGGACAAGUUCUUGCAAGGUUUGGUUGACGGGCGCCAUGAAAUUCUAUCUGCUUCAAAUGGUGAACAUGUCAAAAAGUUGAUGAUUGACAACUUAUUGUCGAUGCAAGCAAAAGAGCCUGAGUUGUACACAGAUAUUAUAAUCAAAGGAAUCAUUUUGGUGUUGCUAGUUGCUGGGACUGACACAACAUCAACAAAUCUAGAAGGGGCAAUGGUUCUGUUCCUAAACCAUCCAGAGGCAAUGGAGAAAGUUAGGGCAUUUUUAGCUUCAAAUUUAGGGCUUCCAUUUCGAGAUCUAUUUCGUAUUAGUUAUGGAUUUCUUGUGAUGCCCAUAUACUAUUAUGACUUGCUAAAUAUUUAUAUGCUUAGGUAUUAUCGCAAUGCGCUUCUGUUUUCUGUGGUUUAUAUCAUGUGGGUUUCUGUUGAGUAUUGAUCUACUGGUUUUUUAUCUGCUUUGUUCGGAGAUGUUUGUGCUGAAAAUGUUUAUAAUGAAGUGGAUGCAUUUUGAAUUUGGAAAACAUUAAAAUCUUUCCUUUUGCAUA